GGCAGUCUGACUAAUAACAAACUGAGCUAACAAGAAGGACUAGAAAGAGCACAGAGAACACAGAAGCAGCUAGGAUCUAAAAAUCUGACGAGCUGAGUGAUCGAGUAAAACUGUGCUUAACAUCUUGUUUGUUUACUGCAUCCCAGUGCUUGCAAACAGUUAACUGCAUGCGGAAAAGUCAGCAUAGCUGUGAAGUAUGCUGUGAAUUUUAAUCGAGGGAAAAGGAAAAGUGCUUACAGGAUGGUCUAAUGUGCACUCUGUCUGGAUUUUUUCUUUUCAGUUGGACGCUUUGUACUUUGUCUUCUGAACAAGGAUUUUGACUUUAGAGAACUGUAGUAUCACCAGAGCUUUCAGCAAAUAAACUGAGAAGGAAGUGCAUAUUUUUCACAGAGAAAAAUUACAUUGUAUUCACACAGCUGUUCCAACUGAGCAUUACUGAGCAUUUCAGGGAGUUUUACUGCUGUACAGAAUCUGCUGAGCAAGAUGAAGGUCUGGAUUUUUGUGGUAUGUUCAGUUCUGGUUGCAUCUGAUCCUUUCCAGUCAGAAACAUCUUUUAUUAGAGUCAGAGGAUCUUGUCAGAGUUUGUGUUCCUGUGAAGACAAGGAUGACACUGUGAUUAUAAACUGUGAAGAAAGAGGCAUCAAGAUGGUGUCAGAAAUAAAUGUCCCACCAUCACGGCCUUUCCAUCUUAAUUUGUUAAACAAUGGCCUGACAAUGCUACAUGUGAAUGAUUUUGCUGGCCUUGUUAAUGCUAUCUCUCUACAUCUUGGAUUUAAUAAUAUUGCAGAUAUUGAGCCUGGGGCUUUUAAUGGUCUCAACCUUCUUAAGCAACUUCAUAUCAAUCACAAUUCCUUAGAAAUACUUAAAGAAGAUACAUUUGAUGGAUUGGAAAAUUUGGAAUUUCUUCAAGCAGACAACAAUUUCAUCACAGUGAUUGAAGCAAGUGCCUUUAGCAAGCUCAGUAGGCUUAAAGUGCUUAUUUUGAACGAUAAUGCUAUUGAGUACCUUCCUCCAAACAUAUUUCGUUUUGUGCCAUUGACUCAUUUAGAUCUUCGGGGAAACCAGUUACAGACGCUACCAUAUGUUGGCUUUUUAGAACACAUCGGUAGAAUACUAGACCUUCAGUUGGAAGAUAAUAAAUGGGCCUGUAACUGUGAUUUGCUUCAGCUGAAGACAUGGCUGGAAAACAUGCCUCCCCAGUCAAUAAUAGGAGAUGUUGUAUGCAAUAGUCCUCCAGUUAUCAAAGGCAGCAUAUUAAACAGGUUGAGAAAAGAAUCACUUUGUCCCAUUCCUACUGCCAGUGAACUUGAAGAUCCUUCAGGGUCACUGCCCUUGGUUGUGACCACCUCUGUAAGUGAUAGUCACCUGUCAACUAAGGUCAUUCCUAUACUGAAAGCUCCUACUAAAGAAACAAAUUUAAUGCUUCAUACUUCAAAGACAACUACACAAUUUCCAGGAAUCUAUUGUCCCAUUCCCUGUCACUGCACCAGCCAUAUGCUCUCAGGAGUUCUCAUGCACUGUCAGGAACGAAAUAUUGAAAGCCUGUCUGAUUUAGGACCCCCUCCUACAAAUCCUAAAAAACUUAUUCUAGCUGGAAACAUUAUUCAGACAUUACUUAAGUCAGAUCUUAUGGACUAUGCUAGUCUGGAAAUGCUUCAUCUGGGGAACAAUCGUAUUGAAAUCCUCGAGGAAGGAGCUUUCAUGAAUCUGACUAGACUGCAGAAACUGUAUCUCAAUGGCAAUCAUCUCACAAAGCUAAGUCAGAAUCUUUUCCUUGGCCUUCAGCACCUUGAAUACUUGUACCUUGAAUAUAAUGCCAUCAAAGAAGUUUUACCAGGGACAUUUAAUACAAUGCCAAAACUUAAGGUACUCUACUUAAAUAAUAACCUUUUGCAGACUUUACCACCCCAUAUCUUUUCUGGGGUGCCACUUGCCAGAUUAAAUCUGAAAACAAACCAGUUUUCUCAUUUGCCUGUGAGCAAUGUCUUGGAUGAACUGGAUAUGUUGGUACAAAUCGAACUUGAAGACAACCCCUGGGAUUGUACAUGUGAUUCAGUUGGACUGCAAAAAUGGAUACAAAAACUAAGUAAGAGUACAAUGAUGGGUGGCAUUUUUUGUAAAUCUCCAGGACACUUAGAAAAAAAAGAACUGAAAUCCCUCAACAGUGAAGUCUUGUGUCCAGAUUUAAUAAACAGCCCUGCCCUACCAACUCAUGCCAGUUUUGUAGUUGUAACAACUUCUACUACUACUAGCAACACUGCAGGCACCAUCCUGCAAUCACUUACAGACGCUGUCCCACUUUCUGUUCUAAUACUGGGACUUCUAAUUGUGUUUAUAAUUAUUGUAUUUUGUGCAGCAGGAAUAGUUGUUCUUGUUCUGCAUCGGCGGCGAAGAUGUAAAAAGAAACAAGCCAACGAACAAAUGCGGGAUAGUAGCCCAGUUCACCUUCAGUACAGCAUGUAUGGGCAUAAAACAACACAUCACACAACAGAGCGUCCAGCUGCAGCUCUCUAUGAGCAACGUAUGAUUACUCCCAUGGUUCAGGUCUAUCACAGCCCAUCCUUCAGCCCAAAACAUGGUGAACAACAAGAGGAGGGAAGUGAGAAAGCAACUAAUGAUUCCAAACAUCUCUGCAGAAGUCUCCUGGAAAGAGAGAAUAGUUCACCACUUACUGGUUCAAAUGUCAAAUACAUGGCUGCAGAUCAAUCUGCAGAAUUUCUGUCUUUUCAAGAUGCCAGCUGCUUGUACAGAAACAUUCUUGAAAAAGAGAGGGAACUGCAGCAACUUGGAAUCACAGAGUACUUAAGAAAAAAUAUUGUUCAACUCCAGCCUGAAAUGGAAGUACAUUAUCCUGGAACACAUGAGGAACUAAAGCUAAUGGAGACACUAAUGUACUCUAGACCAAGAAAGGUUUUUCUAGAACAAACUAAAAAUGAGUAUUUUGAACUCAAAGCUAACUUACAUGCUGAGCCUGACUACCUGGAAGUCCUGGAACAGCAAACAUGAAGUGAUAACAUACUGUGCUAGGGCCAAAUUUCUGUAAUUCCAUUUUAAGUUGGAACUGUUGAAAAUAAAAGUGCCUUGUAAUGACAUGUCAACAGUCAGAACUUAAGCACAGCAGUAAUCCUAGCAAAAAACAAACAAACAAACAAAAACUCAGGGAUCACUGUGGGAAGCCAUGGGGUUGUGCGUAGACAGUAUGUCUCAAGUUAAACACGAAUUCUGUGAUUGAACUGUGAGAGGAGGAUUGCUUAUUGCAAUAUUCCUUAGCGUUUUUUAAAAAGUGUGUGUGGCAUUCUCUUUUGUGUACCUAACCUAUGAAGAAAUGUUUGUUACCUGCACUCUCUGGUUUUCCCCUAGUUUAAUUAGAAUCCUUAAAACAAACACAAAAAGAAAAACAAACAAGCCCUCACACCUGUGUUUGUAGUUAGGAGCUUAGAGUGUAUUAAGUAUUAGUAUGAGCACUGCAUAUAUGACCAUUGUCUACAACCACACCUAACAUACUCUUAUAAUAAAUAUGAAAGGAUAUAAAAUGUUGUCAUGCUAAAUGUCCAUUAAAAACAAAAAAAGAAUGAUUUUUGUGUAUCUACCCAUUGAGACAGAGCCUGCAUAUAUUUAGUAUUUUAUAUAGAACUUCAUCAUGUGCAUUCUUUAUCAGUACAAGGAACAAAAAAUAUCUAUGUAUACCCAACAUGUUACAAGAAGAAGAAUUGCAAGCCUUUUGAUACUUAUCCUAUCUGAUAGCUUUACUUAAGUUUGGACAAUCUUUUCUUAAUCUGCUGCUAUAAAAUAUUGUGCAUCACUGGUAUUUCAACUCACAAUCAUGGGCAAUUGGAAAAGCUACUGAGAUUCAGCUGUAAAUAUAUUGCUGUAUUUAAUAAGUUCAUUUUUUUGUCUAUCUAUCUAUAAAAAUAAUUUCUGUGCUGGCUUUAAAUAUCUUUGGAGGAAAUUAGUUUGCUGCAACUAGGAACUUCCAGGUGCAAAAGCAGGUUCUUUUUCUCACUACCCAAAAGCAACUUCCAAAUAGAAUAAUUUCAACAAAACAUAUGCGUGAGGAACAGUAAUAGCAUUUAGCUGUUGUUUGUACAAAAAUAUAUUUUCCAGAAUCUAGAAGAAAGUAAAGUCUUGUGGGAAAAAAUACCAAAAAAAAAAAAAAAAAAAAAAAAAAGUAGAACACAUAAGAUUUAUUUUUACAAUAAAUUCUAGCUAGAUUUAUAUAUACUAUUUAUUCUGUAUAAUUUUGUAUUCUUUUUCAACUCACUAGAAAAGAAAAAGCUUAUUCCUAGCUGCCUUUCAGGAAAAUUAAGGAACUGGUCUCUAUCAGUGAAAAUGAGAUUAAAAAAAAAAUUAAAUGUCUUUUUCUUAGAAUUCACUUUUUAAAGACUAAGGCACCGUUUUCUGCAUGUACAGGUUUAGAAUUGUUCAGAAAUUGUCAGAAGACAAUGCUUUUCAUUGUUAUCAUGUAGACAGGAGUUGUCAUGUCUGGAGUGCAGUAAGGCCAUUCAGUCUCUGUGCAUGACUGACACAGUGCCACAACACAAAUUCUGACCUUCAUAUAUCUUCCUCUGAGCAAAUCUUCUGUAAACUGACUAUGCAUAAAGAACUUCCAUUUUGCUAAUUGCUAUUUGUUGAGCUAAGGAUCAACUGAAUUGCUACGUCUACAUAUGAAUGCCAAACUUUACACUGAAGUCUUGAUAAACUCAAAGAGAUAUAUUCUUUAGUUUGUAUUACUGCUGAUGUAUUAUCUAUGUGUAUAUACAAAUGUGAGUUCUUCAUUUUAUUUGCACAGAGGUUUAUAGGUUUCUGACAUAUUUUUUUCCCUAUAUUAUAUACACAAAUCAGAUUCUUAGUUCUUUCAAAUUUGCAUAAAGAUAAUGUCUUAAAUGGUGCUAGUCUAUUUUCUGUAACUUCAGGAUCUGAUCACUUGUCUCUGUGAACAAGUCAAUUUCCUUAUUAACAUUUUUGAGAAGUCAUCAUUUUGCUAAUGAAACAAACUCCUUCGUUUCCAAGAAUCGAAAUGCUAUUUGUUAGAAAAUAAUAUUAUUUCUUCUUUGUAUAAAUGAGAAUAAUUUAGUUUAGAAUACCUCUGUAGUCAUAAGAAUUAGGAAGAGUAAAUCUGGUUACAAUUUAUAUGUUUUCUUGCUAUCUCUGUUCUAGACAAGGGUAAUGCUGAGUACAACUUGUGGAGGUAAGAAUAAGACAAAGUUGGAAAAUGCAACUACAUUAAAUUUACAUUACCUUUAGUAUCUAGUGUUAUUUUAGCUGUCCUUGCACUUUUAAGAUGUGAAUGGACUUCAUGGACAUGUCACAGAUUCUAUGGAAGCCCAAAGCUUACUCUCCAGGAGAGACCAGAGUUCAAUUGGAAUUGCAUAGAGCGUUAAAGUGACACUAGUUUUCUACAUUUCAGUAAUUUAAUUCCACUCAGAAAAUAAUCUAAUAAUAAUCAAUGAAAAAAAAAUGAAUUCAGUCAAUGAAAAUUAUACUAAUAACUGACUGAGUUUUGAAUCUGCCCCACAAAUGUUAUUCUUUUCCAAAUUCUCAGGGAUUUAAAGUUUGUGCACAGAGGAAAAAUAACAAAUAUUUAUAUGGUACAUUACAAGCUUUAGUACUUUAGUAUUUUGGUGUCUUUCAGUAGUAAUUUGUAUUAGCAAAAAUGGUGUAAAAUUAAUAUUCUGUAAUUGGCAAGAUGCGGGGAAAUGAUAAUUCAGGCCCUCAGGCUUUGAUUUAAGAGAAAUAGUUUCAGACUAAAGACAAUUGCCACAUGCACGGAUGUCACUUUGCUUAGCUAUUAACAGAAAAUUGGCAGAAUGCUGAGGACAACUGUGUGACAAAACGUUCUUCUUCAUUGCCAUCUCAAGACAUCAGAAAAAUGAAUGAGCUAAAUUCAUGUCAAAGCAACUCAGUUACAAAGCUGUAUCAGAGCAUCACUCAGAACAAAUGAAUAGAGCUUUAGCUUUUUGCUUUCCCUCAGAUGGGAGAUUCAUGCCAUUCAUUAUAUCAGGGUGACUGUACUCUGUGGUAGUCUGUAAAACUGCAAGAAGUUUUGCAGUACCCAGGAAUCACAAAAAUAUGUCACAUCAUCCAUUUUCCUAUCAUCUGUUCCUACUGAACCAUCGUGUAUUAAAUGAUUGUAUGAUGAGGUGAGAGCAGGUCUGUUUUCUUUCCUCAUAAUAACAUUCUAAGACUGUUCUUUUCCAGCUGUGAGGAAAAUGUAUAUAUGUAUAUUGCCAUAAGAAAAAGGGAUAAGAAGUUGGUUUUAUAUGAUUAUUCUUUAGCUGAGGAAUAUCAAUAUUAGCUAACACAAAUACAAUCAUAACACAAGGAAUCUAUUAUAUUUGAAAGGGAAAAGGAUGAAAUAUCUAUUUGUAAAGGUUCGUUGGAAUGUGUUCAUUAUAGAAAUUACAAAAGUUACCUAAUAUUGUUACUGUUGUUUCUGGAAACUUGGAAGAUUUAUUCAGAUUUUUUAUUAUUAUUAUUAUUAUUUUUAAGCCAUGUUCUGAUAUAUAUAUAUUUUCCAAUGACAGAUACAAUAAAGUGGUUUCAUAUCUUCUACUUGAAUAGAAUAACAGAGGCUGGAAGAAAAGCUGGAAGCUUGACAGUCUGCAGCAAGGUGAAUCCAUUUUUCUCCUGGCAGCACGAUCAUUAAACUGUGUGUGAGAACAGUGCUUUAUCAAGCACACUAGUGCACUUGACAGAUAUGUUAUUGUUGCUAGGGUACUUUAAGAUAAUCAGCAAUACUGUUUUCCUUCUCACAUUUGAGUGAAGAAAAUAUGCAAAUAACAAUAUGGACCCACUCCCUAAAUAAAAUGAAAACAAAACAAAACAAAACAAAACAAACAAACAAAAAAACCCACCAACAGAAAACAAAAAACACCACCACCACCAACAAACAAACAAAAAAAAGCCAUAAGCAGAUAUGUUCGCACUUACUUAUUUUAUAUUGGCUUUAUCCAUUUAACCUCAUAAAAUUCAAAUGCAUUUCCUUUUAUUUCUGCUACAUUUUUUUCCUCAUAAGCUUUUAGUAUUGAUACUGAAUAUGUUACCUGCAGUAAUGCCUUUUCAAGCUUCUGAGCAGAAAAGAAACCAGCACUCCCAUAAAAACUCUUUCUAUCAGAAAACUGAAUUUGCAUGUAAAGUAGUGCAUUUGCCUAUUCAGUCUUUUUACACAUUCUUCUCCAUUAGAAUGACAUAUCUUCUCCAACCAAAUUCUAAAAUGAAAAUGAGUCUGUACUUUUUGUCUGUGAUGUGUCAAAGCUACAGGAUUUGAAUGUGAGCUUUCUUCACCUGUAGUUAUUGUUUCUCUAUUUGGAACCUGAGGAUCAGGUUCUGUCCCUUCUCUUCAUGACAAAGAAGUUCCCAGUAUAACCUCUAAUAGCAGCUCUUUAUAUAAUGUGCUGUUUACAUACACAGAGAUUGCUAAUUGCAUAGUAUUCUAAACUGAGAAGUUAUAUAUGACUGAAAGGGCAAUCUAUCUUAUCAAGAUCCUGGUGUGUGAAUAUAAAAUGUAUAUUUAUUGCAACAAAAACAUAAUUUCAGAGGGUUUAUACCUAGAGGGAAGUGAAAAAAGGAGACUGAGUCUCAAAAUCAUCAUCAGAAGGAAUUCUGAAUUAUUAUUCCGAGGAUGCAGUUUUCUAGAGCAAUACAGCUUAUCAGCCACACCAGAACAAUCUUUAAGUUUCAUGCAGAUGCACUGAAAUCAUUAUGAGUACUUCUCUUAAUUCAAAAGAUCAGCUGAUACCUGUGCUGAAGACAGCAUGCUUCUGUUCUGUUGUAAUGCCCCGGUACAGAAUGCCUCCAUUUCCAUCAUGGAGAAAUACUGCUCAGCCACCGAGUUUUUUCAAUUUUACUCUGGCAGUAAAGUGGUAACCUACUACUUGGGGAGGUUUUAAGUGUGUUCACUGCCUUCAGUGUUCAGUUCAUCUGGCACUUGAUGCUAGAUGCAUCCUACUGGAUUUGGGACAGGGAAGACCAAUCUAUUACAGAGCUUGUAUGAUAAUUCAAAAGAUCUAUCCCUUUUUCAUUUUUCGAAGUUCCAGGUAUUGGUAUCAAAUCCCUAUUUUUUUAUUUUUAUUUUUUUUUUAAACUUGAAAUAUAAAUGAGCUGUAGGUGGAGACAGUAUCAGGAACUUACUUGCCAUGCUAAAAGGAUAUAGCAUAUUUUCUUUCCUGCACAUCUCCUAGCAGUCAUCUUUGGCUUUUUGACACAACAGAAUAAAUUCUUAAGAGCCACAGACUAAUGGGAAGCAGCUAACCUCAAGAAAAAAAGUAAAACACCAGAUGCUGUUCAGCUCUAUGAAAGCAAGAUGUGACUAAUUUUUUGUUGUUGUUGUUUUUCAAUCAACUUCAGCAAGAUGGAGUGCAUAUGUUCCUCCUAUUACUACUAUAAGGACUUCUAUAACUUUUAGUUCAUGCUAUGGAGUGAUGGCAUAAAGAAAAGAAACAGCAACUUAAUUUUGUAUAUCAAACAGUAGUGUUACUAUUAUAACUUCAGCUGUUUACUUCUCAUUUUGAGACAAAUUAUUUUAGGAAAUAUGAUUUUAAAAAAUCCUGCCAUUGUAAUUAAUUACCUAGAAAACUACAGAUGAGUACAUAAUUAACUGUUCAAACAGAAAGAAAUCUGAAAUAGUUUAUAUAUGCAGAAAUCUGUCCUAGGGAACAUUAGUAUAAGCUUGUUGGGUUUUUUUUAGAACAAACUAUAGCCUUUAUUUUAUUAGCUCAUAAAGCUAUUAUUUUUAGUCAACAUUAAGAGCCAUAUGAGCAUUUUUUGCGUUUUUUAAUUAAAAACCAAUAUAACACUUUCGUAACUACACAUAUUUGGGUUAGAUACAUAUUAGAAACGUCCAUACUAAGACAUAAUAAAAAGACCAGUCUUUUUAUUAUAUAUAUAUACACAUAUAUAUAUAUAAUCUAAUACCCUUCUACCUGUGUAGAAGCAACACAGUGUGCUGUGCAAAAAAAUGUAUAUUUCCUGGGUAAGAAGAAGAAACAGAUAAAUUAUUUUUUGUGUUAGUUAUAUGUACUUUUGGAGAUGUGAAAUAUUUUGAAUUACUGUCCCUAUGGCACAGUGUAAUUAUUAGUUCAUAUGAGCUUGCAAAUAUUUAAGAAGUUCAGAUUUAGAACAAUGAAAUGCAUGUAUUUAUUAACACAAAGACGUAACUAGUAGGCUAUGUAAACAUGUCCUUUUGUAAAUAGAAGGUAUUUGCACAUUUGAGAAGAUAUUGUAUGUCAAAUAUCCUUUGAAUAUAUCUUCAAAAUGGAAUCCCAAAGAUCUUCUUACAUCUUUAAGAAACAUGUUAAAUGUGAGACUCAGGCUGUCAGUGCUGAGCUUGUUUGUGGUCAUCCAGACAGUUUGGCUGUUUGGAUAUUUGAAGAUCACUGAAAAAGACAACAUGCUGAAGAGCAAGACUAACAGUUAAAUAUUUAGAUGGAUCUUUUCAUCAUACCUAAUUCAGUGUUCCAUGGAAUUAAAUCAUGAUUUAAGGAUGAAUGUAAAAUAUUAAUAAACCAAGAAUGCAACAUUUAGAUGCCACCAUUCACAAAUGGUAAAUGAUUCCAUGAGAUACCAUGGAAAGAAGAUUAAAAUAGAGAGACUUUAACAGUUCUGUAUUAUGUAAGUGUCUUUAAUUAUCUUAUAACUUCAGAAAAAAAAAUGAUGGAUGAGAGGGGAUUGUUGUGUAUUGAUCGCUCAUGCAUAAAGAUUUUCUGAAGGCAUAUGCUGGGGAGGACAGCUAACUGCUGCCAUACAUGAUAUUAUGAAGGCUGAAUCAUGUUCAAUAGAUUCUAAGAUAAUUAUGUGUUAUAGGUUUAAAACUGUCACUGCUCUAAAUUCCGAAGUGUCAUCUGAAGUCAACAGGACUUCUUGCAGACUCAGAUUCCAUGAUUUUUUUUAUUCAUAAAAUCCUCCACAAAAUAAAUAAAUAAAUAAUAAUAAUAAUAAUAAAAUAAAAACAGAAGUUUUCUUAUUUUCCUACUUAAAGGCAGUCCUGUAAAAAAUGUUAUUCCUUCUGAACUUUGCUUUCUGUCUUGAUAUAAAGGCCAUUAAAGCUAAGUAAAUAUUUAUUUCAGAUCUUGAUUUUGCAUAAUUUUAUUAGAAGUCUAUACUUUUGUCUGCAAUGAUUUAUAUAUAUAUAAAUAUACAUAUAUUUAUAUUUAUAUAUAUAUAUAUAUAUUUAUAUAUAUAUAUUUAUAUAUAUAUAAAAUCAUUGCAGACAAAAGUAUAUAUAUAUAACUAUAAAAGGUGUUGCUGCACCAAGUUUUUGACCAUCCAUAAUUAAUUAUGAGUAGAUAAGAUCAGCUAUGGCUCUCUAGGAUCAAAUCAGAUAUUAAUGUCAUGAAAGAGAUUGUGAAGAUUUCCAUGGCACUGUCUCUUGAAAAGUUGAAAGCUAUGUGUCUGGGUUCUUUUACUGUUUUUUGAAUCUUUUAAAUUAUGAAGCAGCAGAUGUAGCAAAGUUUUGUUUUUGUUUUUGUUUUGUUUUUAAUGGAAAUUCUGAAGAAUUAUUAUAGUUUCCUAUUACAUUAAUCUUCUAAUUUAAACCUCUGAAAGGUAGUACAAACCUGGAUACAUCUCUAACAACACAAUUACUUAGCCAGAAGAGGAAAUACAAGAUUAAAAAUCAGAGAUAUUAAAGAUAAAUAUAUGAUAGACUAUACAGAGAACGAAGUAUCAGUACUUGAAAUAAUUUAAUCUUCCUUUAUUUUUUAUUUUUUUAUUUUUUGAAAAGAUUUUCUUUAUCUGAUAUUUGGGUUAAAACAAUACUCAUAUGUUUUUUUUUUUGUCCUUUCUUGGAACUUCCUCAUGGAACUGAGACCAAAGAUUCACUGCAGUAUUAACUAUGUAUAUCUGUGCAUCAGAUAAACUAUGCUCCUUAGCUUGUUGAAGUAUUUCUUUCAUGAAAAAGCAAGAAAAAGAUAUACAUACAUACAUACAUACAUACAUAUAUAUGUAUAAAAUAAAUAUUGUCUCGAUCCUGUUGUCAUGAUUUUAUGCACCAGGUGAUGAUGCAGUCUCUGUUCUGGAUUUUCCAAAAUAGAAGUGAUGGCUUAUGUUCUAAUAAAUUUGCUAGCUUAUAUUUCUUUUAUUUUGUUUGUUUUCUCUUUUAGGGUAAAAACCUCUCAAUACAAGUAAAUAAAACAAUGGGGAAAAAAAUAGGAGGAACUACAGCAAAAGCUAGUGGGAAUUUUCAAACAAUGUACAGCUUGAUGGAAAGAAUGUGUUUUCAAUAAACACAGUAUUACAUACAGGAA